AUGAGUAUUGCUAUAAGAGCCACUUUCUGGGUGGUCACAUUUGGCACCAUUGGUUACGCUCUGUUCACGUUGGUCAAACCUGAUGAUGAACUUCUCAAAAAGUUUGAUGAACAUUCAAAGAAUACUGAUGCAAGAAAACUCUCCAAACAAACAAUAGAACAACUUAAAGAAGCUGCCAACCAAAAUUCUGUCUUAGAACGUCUGAGCCGCAGAGAUGCUCAGAGAUUAGAAAAACUACAGAAGGCGCAUAAGGCAAGAGAAGAAGUAGAUGCAUGUGAUGAAAACGAAGAUUACUUUUCGGGUUCAUUUAAAAUCAAAUCUGAAUAUGUUGAAGAUCUUUUAGCUCAAGUACCAACAAUAGACAACAGCAUGCUCCCAUCUCACUUUGACAUCAUCAAAAAGGAAAUUAAUGAACUACAGAAAUAUGUGGUAACAUCAACAUUUUUCCUUAAGGAAUUCAAUUUGAGAAAAUUUCUUGGCAUUGUGCAAAAUUUACAAACUAAAUGUUAUGAAUUAGAAGACAGAUAUGUUCCUCGCAAGAAAUUUGGCUUUUCAAAGAAAAAGCUUCCAAAAUCUCAUAGUCAAAAACAAAAUUUAAUGGAUGAAGCUGAUGGAGCAGCUAAAAAAGACAGUAACAAAUGGGAUGAAAAUCUAUUUGGAUUCAGUUCAAAAGAAAAUGAAGUUUUGCUCUUAGAAAAUGAUGAAUUGUACCGAAGAGAUGUGGCUUUACGUAAUUUGAAAAAUUGCACUAUAGGUCUCAAAGGUUUAAUGGGAACAUUACAUUUGAUCAAUUUGGAAAACUGCAUAGUUCUUUCUGGGCCGGUAACAUCAUCAGUAUUUGUUGAUAAGUGCACAAAUUGUAAAAUAGUUAUUGCAUGCCAACAGCUUCGUAUGCACACAUCAACAAAGUGUGAUGUUUAUUUGCAUGUAACUAGUAAAGGUAUUGUAGAGGACUGUUCCCAAAUACGCACAGCACCAUAUAAUUUGUUCUAUGAUAACUUGGAGAAGCAUUAUGAAUCAUCCAGUUUAGAUAGAAAUUCAAAUAACUGGGAUAAUUUGGAUGAUUUUAAUUGGUUAGCUCCUGAUGUAAGUUCACCAAAUUGGUCGGUUUUAGAUGUUUCCGAAAGAAUUGAUUCAUGGGACGAUUGGUGGUCUAAGAUUCCUUUGUAACAAAUUAUGAAUAUAACAAUAAAUUAAAAUAUCUGUGCAAUUGUACAACACUUGAAUAUCCACACAAGAAACGGACUAGACAACAUUAUUUAAGUAUGAAAUUACUCCUGUUUGUGCAUGUGCUUUUUCUUUGCUGUUACAUAUAAUUAUUGUAAUAUAACAAAUAACAUCUAGUAUUUCCUUUAUUUAGCUCAUUAGCUGAUUUUUUGUUCACAUUUCAUUAAUUACAUUACAAUAAUAAUUAUCAAAGCUCAAUGCUUACUUACAAAGUACAUGCAAUUAUUUGAAAAGAACUAUUGAAGAAACAAUUACCUACUAUUAAUUUUUAUGUAAGAUGCCUCCUUUAUAUAGACAUAGUUGCAUUUAUUAAUUUGAUUAAAUUUUAUUUAUGAACCCAA